UCCCAAACCUAUCUUCCUCCCCCCUGUGUGUGGGACAGUGACACGUAACUUUGUCCGUUUCGUGGACGUGACCAGGCAGGACACCUCCACCUCGGAUAGGGAGAGCAGAGGGACACCUCCCCCCCCGUCCCGAUCCAAAAUCCGAUUUAUCCAGAACAUUUCGCAGCAUGGAGGCGAGGGACGCAGUAGCAGGUGCUCUUGUGAGCAGUGAUGGAGAGGAACAAACUGCAAAGAAGGAUGCAGCUCCUAAAAAAGACAAGCUGCAGACCAAAAGCAAGAUGGAGCAGAUUUUUGGUUUCAAGAAGGAGGACCUGGCCUCCUGGCACAGCCUGGUGACCCUCCUGAACCGCCCCACUGACCCUGCGUCCCUCGGCAUCUUCCGCUGCUUGUUUGGUUUGCUGAUGGCCAUCGACGUCACACAGGAACGUGGCCUCAGUCACCUGGACUACAAGUACCUGGAUGGGGCCCCUGUGUGCCGCUUUCCCCUCUUCAAUUUUUUAAAGCCCCUGCCAUUGGACUGGAUGUACUUUGUGUAUGUGGUGAUGUUCCUCGGCGCUUUGGGCAUCAUGCUUGGCUGUUUCUACCGUCUCUCCUGCCUUAUGUUCAUCUCAACCUACUGGUAUGUCUUCUUUCUGGACAAAACGUCCUGGAACAAUCACUCGUACCUCUACGGCCUCAUUGGAUUUCAGCUCACGCUCAUGGAUGGCAACAGAUAUUGGUCCAUUGAUGGAUUACGGAGACCUUCAAUAAGAAACACUCAUGUGCCCCUAUGGAAUUACACUGUGCUGAGGAUACAGAUAUUUAUAGUAUACUUCAUCGCUGGAAUCAAAAAGUUGGAUGCUGAUUGGGUGGAGGGAUACUCCAUGUCAUACUUGGCACACCACUGGCUCUUUGAUCCUUUCAAAUUGAUUCUCCCUGUGGAGUUAGUGAGCCUGCUGGUGGUGCACGGAGGUGGUCUUAUUCUGGACCUGACUGCCGGCUACCUGCUGUUUUUUGAUGCCACAAGGCCCUAUGCAUUUUUCUUUGUCUCCUACUUUCACUGUAUGAACUCUCAGCUCUUCAGCAUUGGGAUGUUUUCCUACACAAUGUUGGCCACCAGUCCUAUUUUCUGCUAUCCUGACUGGCCAAGAAGAUUCUUCGGCCGCUUCCCAGCAUUUCUUAGGGUGGUCCUGCCACUCACCUCACCUGACCCUCAGCCCAGCCCCUCCUGUGUUUACAAUGAGAUCCAGAGUACCGGCACCAAACGCCAGGAAACCCCACCUGUUGCCAAAACUUCCAAACUGAGACUGAAGCACAAGCUGGGAGCCAUUUUUACUAUUAUCUACCUACUUGAACAGUUCUUCCUGCCUUACUCUCACUUCAUCACACAGGGUUACAACAACUGGACCAAUGGCUUGUAUGGCUACUCUUGGGAUAUGAUGGUUCACUCCCGCAGCCAUCAACAUGUGAAGAUCACGUACAAAGAUGGAAAAACUGGAGAAAUCGGCUAUCUGAACCCAGGGGUGUUCACUCAAAGCCGUCGGUGGAAAGAUCACGGAGACAUGCUGAAGCAGUACGCCACGUGCCUCAGCCAGUUUCUGCCUCGCUAUAAUAUCACUGACCCUGAAAUUUACUUUGACAUCUGGGUGUCCAUCAAUGAACGCUUCCAGCAAAGGAUCUUUGAUCCACGCGUGGACAUUGUGAGGGCUGAUUGGUCACCUUUCCAACCAAACCCAUGGCUGAUGCCUCUGCUGGUGGAUCUCUCACCUUGGAGGGCCAAGUUCCAGGAGAUUGAGGGCAGUCUGGAUAAUCAGACUGAGAUUGUCUUUAUUGCUGAUUUCCCAGGUCUCCACUUAGAAAACUUUGUGAGUGAAGAUCUGGGCAACACUAGCAUCCAUGUGUUGCAGGGCAACGUGAACGUUGAGAUAGUGGAGGAGAAAAAGAACCACACUCUGCAGCCUGGUGAGCAGAUAAAGGUACCUGCAGGGGCUUAUCACAAAGUGUACACAGUGUCCGAAGGCCCUUCUUGCUACAUGUACAUCUAUGUCAACACUACAGAGGCGGCACUACAGGAGAACUUCACCAAGCUGUUUGAGCUCCAGGAGCGCAUUCGCAAUGGGACAGAAACCGAGCCUCUCCCUCCUGAGCUGCAGCCUCUACUCGCUGCGGACGAUCAGGAAGGGGCGGAGGUCAACGCCACGGACCCAAUUGUGCGGCUGUUCCUGAAACGGCAGCGCCGCAUGAAGGAGGUGAAAAAACGCAGGGAAGCCGGCGUGCUGGAGCGACUGGAGCGGUUUGCUGUGAAAAAGUACUAUACGAUUCGGAGGGGAUUCCUGAUGACAGCCAUUGCUAUGAGGAACUUGGCGGUGGGCCUGCCUCCUGUGGAACAACUGACGAGAGAAGUUGCCUUUGCCAACAUGAAAGAACCUCAGGCUGAAGCCAACCAAGACGAACGACUCAAAGAUGAAGUUGGACACGGGGAGCUUUAAAGCUUGGGCCAAACAUACUCUGCUGAAUUGCCUGCAGGUGCUAGAUCACACAUUCCAAAGAAAUGUGUGUCUUAUUACUACUGGACUGUUACUACACUGGGACACACGCUCCCAGAAAUCAAGGAAUUUUUAAUUUUCUAUGCUUCUGAAUUAUUUGGCAUUUCAGAUUAUUUCCAGUAUUUUGUUACAGCAUUUGUUUAUGAAUCUGAAUUUUUGCUGAGGAUACAUUUCUGUUAUAGCUGCUGCAAAACCAGAAUACUGUAUGUUGCCGUGCAAGAUUACAUUUCCUGUUUGUUUAAUUCUGUGUAGGAAUUUUAUAAAUGCAUUAUGGCUGGGUGAUAUGACCAAAAAGAAAUUGCCAAGACAUUGACAAUAUAUUGAUAAUGAUUUAAAAAUCAACUCUCUGUGACAGCUAAAAGUUUGCAUUCUAAGAUCUGCUGGAAGAUCAUAUUUCAGCUACACUAAACUAUUAAUGCUGCUUUGUUUGGAUUGAAGAUUUAAAACAGAGGUGUACGUUUUUAAGGAUAAUUCUGGUAUUUUUGAAGCUGGGCCUUAUUUCCUUGUCUUUUUGGGUGUAAAUGAUCGAUGGGGACAAAAAGCUUUGGAAUUGGUGUGGUAUUGAGCAAGAACAAUGUACCCAAUAACCUUGAACAGCUGCUGCAAUGUAAUCCAAUGGGCAGUUGUCCACAUUAAAGUAAGUCUACAUAAGAGCUUGUUUUUUUCCACUGACAGGCUCAGAUUGUUAUUAUAACAAAAAUGAUCACUUUAGUGGAUGUACUUCGACAUGGACAGCUGCCAUGAGAUUACAUCGCAGCAGCUGUUAGUGGCUGCCAGGUACAUGUUCUUGCUCAAUACUGCACAGAUUCCAAACAUUUUUCUCCCUAUCAGUCAUUUACACCCAGAUACAUGAGACCCACCCAGAUUAGAAAAUACUGGAGAUAUCCUUUGAGGGGACAGAUUUUAAUAGACAUACUGACAUGAAUAGGAUCAGGUUGGUUGACUUCUGAUGCUAAAUUUUCAUUUUACUGUCCAGUGCUAAUUUCACAAAUUCUGGACAAUUAGCAGAUUUACAAAUACACGGUACACGUGGAAGUUUACUCUGUUUUCGGGGAAUGUACUUCUCUAAACCUUUUUGCUAACCCUAUAAUGUGAGAAAAAUGGAAAGAAAACAAUUGUUAGCUAGUCAGUUGUCAGUUGACUGACUUUUUUUUUAGUCACUUUUCUAAUAAAGAGCUUAUGCUGUCAAUAAAACUGAAAAAUCAACUUGAA